AUGUUUUCUUUCUUUCUUGUUGCAGUCUGUAAGAUGACUACAAUAACUUCUUUGAGAGGAGAUACAGAAGUGGUCAGUGCCAGAAGAACAGAAUCACGCGAUGUUUCAGAUAUUGUUGGCCUUUUCAGCUAUUUUGCGGAAGUAAUUUUUGGAAGGAUUGAUGUCACGUACCUUUUAGAAAAAUCAAAUCUUGCUUUGACACUCUGCAAUGAGAAGAAUGAGGCUGUAGCCCAUGCUGUCUUUCUGGACUAUCCAAAUUGGAAUGUCACUGAUCAGUCUGAUUGGGAAUCAUUCUUACAUGAAAACUACAUUAACAAUAAAUGCACACCUUUGAACACAUUGUUCAUGCAUCUUUUUGUGGCAAAAGAAGAAUAUGCAGGUGGAUGUUGCCAAGAAAUUGUUAGGAAGGCUUUUAUCACAGUUCCAGAACUGCAGUUUAUACUUCUCUUCAUACCAGCUGAUGAGAAUUUAGAGCCAGACAUGGGAAAUGUCUUUGAAAAGAUGACGUCUGCUCCAGGUUCAGUAGUGGAUGCAAACUUUACUUUGCUUGUGUGCCACAGACAUCGCUAUCACCCACAACUGUAUAUUCGCAAAGCAAGGUUGGAAGAUUAUGAUGAUCUCAUGCCAAUCUGGACACGUUGGAGUGAGAUCCGGAAAGAAACCUAUAGUGAAUAUUUCCUUGCUGAUCUCAUAGAAUGUCAAGAUGAAGAGAAUCAGGUUAUUGUUUGUGAGGAUCAUGACACUGCAGUAGGAUUCAUGAGCUUAUGUUCUCAAGUAAACGUUUCCGUGUUUCAAGAGUUUUUUGACUUAGGGCCUUUCCGCGGACUCUGUAAACCACUUCCUGAAGAUAUGCUCAAAAUGCCAAAGAAGCCAAGUGUUCCAGAAGAUGGAGAUAAAAGCAACCAAACAAGUGAAGAAGCAAAGUCUGUUUCAUCUAGAAACUUUGAACAUAUUCAUAAUCAGGAUGUGGCUGUGCAGAAAGAUGGAGCCAUUACCAUUUCCCAUUCUGAAAUGCCAUUAGGUGAUGUCAGAGGCAAAGAUUUCAAAGCCUUGGCAACACCCCUCCUUGAGACUGAAGAGAAAGGGACUUUUCAUCCAGCUUACAGAGGAGCUUCAAAUGCUUUCUGUAUCCAUCAGUUUUGUAUUGAUGAGAAGCAUGAAACUAGGUCACUGGAUUUUUUGCAUUAUGCUUUCAAGCUUUUUCCAGACAAAGACUUCUGUGUCAUACUCGUGCCACAUCAUGUACCAGAGUUCCACCUGAUCCAGAGUUUUGUUCGAGUUGUCCCUUUCUGUACUUCCAGAUUUGAUCAUGAGCUUUAUGUGUUCCACCGUGCGGGAUUACUCAAGUUGUUUAAUGUAAGAAGGCCAACAACCAGUGACAUACCUGGUGUCAAAGUGCUUAUUGAAACCCUUAGCUUGAAUGAAAGUAUAUUGAAUGACUUAAAGAUGUUUAUUGUGGCUCGCAGGGAUCCAGAUGGGACCCCAGUGCAAGCUUUCAUAGCAGAAGUUUUGGAUCAAAUAGUUGGCAUUUCUGUUAUUAAAGAUGAAAUGGAUAUUGAGUAUAUUCGAUCACAUUACAACAUUGAAGAUUUUAUUAAUUUUAAUCACUACGAACAAGAGGAACAUGGACAUCUUCACCACUUUGUCUUAAAUCCUGUAUUUCGUCACUAUACAAAACACUUUCUAAAGGAGAUUCUUCGCUUGGCCCACAAGUCAUCUCUUUACUAUCCUGUUUAUCCACAGUAUGUGGAAGGCAAGUUUCAGAAUCCCUGUGCCCAUUCCCUGACAUCUGCCCUUCAUUACAUGUUUCCCGUGCGACCAAGACGACAGAUUGUCUAUCCUCUGGAAGAGCUUGGCAUAAACGCUCCAUCGGAGCAGGUCUCCAAGGAUCAGUUGCAUUAUUCUUUGAACCAUAUAAAUCGAAAGCUAGUACUGGAAUCCAAAGUCUCUAUCAACACUAGAAUUGUGGUGGUUGGUGCAUCCGAUGUUGGAAUCUCUUUUCUGGAAACUCUUAUUUUUUGUCCGCAUCUGAAGUUCAACAAUCUGACCUUGAUUUCGGUUCAUGGCCUUCCACGGAAAGACCUACAAGGCUCCAAACAUAGAAGAUUUUUAAUUAACAGCCACUGUUUUAAUGAUGAAGAUUAUGCACAGAUGUCACUUUGUUCCUGGGUUAACGUUGUGGUUGGUAAAAUGACUGGCAUAAAUCGUGCUGCCAAAUAUGUAGUUGUUUCCAAGGAGCAAAAAGUACCAUAUGACUACCUUGUUCUCUGUACAGGACAGAAAUACCAGGUUCUAUCUCCCACUGGAGCAGAUAUCAGCAAACUCCCAACUAAUAGAGAAGUCAUAAGUAAGUGGCCACAAAUAUACACAGGAGAAAUCCCAUCCAAUCAUUUUACUCUCAAUGAUGACCAGGACUGCUUAAAGGCAAUGCGGUGGCUGGAAGAAAAUGUCAUCAACUCAGAAGGGAACAUCAUUGUCUAUGGGAAUACAAUUGACAUUUACACCACGGUAGAAACCCUCUUAUCUCUUGGAAUUAAUGGUUCUCGCAUACAUCUCAUACAGCCUCCGCUCAGCUCAAAUGUUACUUGCCUUAACAACAACGAAAUCGAAAGUGCUGUUCAGGAGGCACUGUCAAAGGCUGGUGUGUCUGUUUAUUAUGACAGUAUCCUGGCACAGUGGAACGAAGGCGACGACCCAGACCUUAUCACAUGUGCUGCUUUCACUACUAGUACAAAACCAUUCAAAUUGCAGUGUUCGGCAUUUUUUAGCUUUGCCUACAGGACAGUGGAUUAUGAAACCUUUAAGGCAAUUAAUGAUGCUUGCCUUGUUUUUGACGGAAGGCUUGUGAUCGAUAACGAAUUCCGUACUACUGAUGUCAGUAUCAGAGCUGCAGGUCCUUUAACAAAGUACUCCAGGAGAUAUUAUGUAGAUGAAUGGACACACAGCAACUUCAAUUCAAAAGAGAUUGGCUUUGAGCUUGCUACAUCUAUGCUGAAUCUCUUUGAUCCAACCCCUAAGCCAUUUUCUAAGCGACCAGAAGGUUCAGGUAGACUCAUCCCUAUGUACAAGGGGUGUAAAAUUAAAGGAGGUGUUCUUCCUGGAGGUUAUAAUUACUUGCAUAUUUCCAAACCAGAAAUCCCCAUCUGCUUGGACUUAGAACUUGCACUCUGUGAUCAUGGGAUGGAGAUUAUAACGGGAGAGGCAAGACAUGGGAAUUAUUUCAGGAUACAUAUCAACGAGUAUAAUACGGUAGACAGUAUCACCUGCUUUUCAAAGGAGCCCUUUCCUGUCUCCAACUACAUUUGCUUGUACGGACAGCAUGAGCGUCUUCUGAAUGAUCUUCUUUAUCGCUGGAGUGAAGGACAGAUUACAGAUCUUUACAGCUACUUCAGGGAACCUUGGUCCAUGGCCAUCUAUCACGAUCAGUUUAUUGAUCUUAAAAAGGAACUGCGCCGAAUCCUGAUGUUGGAACAGGUAAGAAAAAUGACUGGCGAGUGCAUUUUAUUAUUUAGGUAAUUUGUUAGUGCUGCUCACUUUGGUUUCUUCUCCCAUCUUUCUCCUACAGCUUUACCUUUCUGUUUAGCUAUUUCCUCUGGGAAAUGGGAGCAGCUCCUAUAGCUCACAGGGUGUAAGGAGGUCACCAAGUACAGCAUAUCGUUCAGUUUCGUUAUUUGGGCAGAUUUUCAAACUUGUCAGUAGAACUUUAGCUGCUUUUGUUUUCAUUUUGCAUUACAUGUUGAGUUUAGUACAGCUGCCGAGCAGAAUCUGGAGGCUGAUUUGUUCAGUUAUCCCCUUAUUUUAUUAAUGUUUCUAGUAGAAAAACACUAUGGGCCAUCCUAAAAGUGUCUCAGCUCAGCCUAUGAGAGGUAGAUUUUUCAACACCUACCCACAGGCAAUGGCUUUUACAGCCAAAAGAGUGAAAGCAAAUGGCUUUUCUCCAUGAUAAGUGAAUUUCCUGAAUAAGGAUGAAAUUAAAAUGUUUGCUAAUGCUGUUUUCAGCUUUGACCUUAGUACCGUAGACGGAGGCUUGAAGUCUCAGCAGCCUCUAACUUUGCCUGCUUAAAAUCCCACUGCACUCCAUGAAAACAACUGCUGCAGUUUCCCAGCCACCCCAAAACCCGCCUCCUCCACCCGCCAGAGAAUUUCUGGCUGAUUUUAAACAUAAUUUCUAGCGUGGAUCCCAAUACUUCCAACCCACUUCUUGGGACCAAUUUACCCUCCCUCUCCUCAUCCUGCUUUUGCUUUUAACGCAAUGGAAUUCUGUGUGACGGCAGUAUUUUAUUUUUUUUUUCACUCACUGAGAUUUUAACUCUGCAGAAGACAAACAGGAUCAGCUGUAGAUUGAGGCAGGGUGACAAAAGAAAGGGAUGCUGUGUGGACCACAGCCCACCCAUUUCUGUGCCCCGAACUGGCAUGCUGUUGUGUCACAGCCAUAGCCACACAACCGCUCUGCCCCUGCCUCCUCCCAGAAGGGCUAGGUGCAAUUUUCCUCCUAUUAUCAGGAUAGAGAAAGUGCCUCAGAACAGCUUUAUUCUAACUUCUCUUGUGAGACAUCUAUAAAGGAGGCCUGAUGAGAAGGAUUUUCCUUGCCAUCAUUCAGCCACAUUUCAUGUGCUAUAAGCAUGAACAGCUUCAAAGAAAGGGCAAUUGGUGUCCUACAAAUUAAAGACUCGCUUGCCUUUCCCCAUUCUUGUUGCAGUAGUCCUGGCACGCAAAAAAAUAGUCUCACUGAAUGGUCCAAAAGCAGCUCUAUUUGCCAGAAUUUCUUACAUGAACACAGGUGACAGUCAGGUGACAGUUCUGCAGCAGAAUGCAAAUUUGCCUUUCCUUCUUGUAUUUUUAUUUGGAUUUUCUUCCAGGCGAUUUUAACUAUAUUUACUAAAUGUCACAUUUAUAUGUUUUCCUUGGGUGUUCCUUCUAGGCACGUUGCCAACACUUAGUAGGAACUGUGCACUUAGGGAAUAUAUCCUAAGUGCCUCGGGACUGGCAGUAUUUCUAUAUGGAUCGAGAGACCUGCUGUCAUUGCCUCCUGUUGCUCAUACUCCAGCUCACUCCAGCAUGCAGAUAAACAGUAAUGAAAUGUAAAAAUGAGGGGGAAAUACCCAUUCAAAAGAGGUGUUUAAGAACUGUGAGCGUAAGCAUACAGGAGUCAAAGGUUUCUGAUUACAGUUUCCACAGAAACUAGAAAUCAGUCUUAUGCAUUUAAGGAUAAUAUUUAGGGAAAUGUUCAUUAGUAGUAAGCAAUAUAUGCAUAGAAAGGCCAGUUGCAGCUGGGAUGUGGAUGGCACUUGGAGCCUGUGUAUUGAAAUUGUCACCCUAGCACUCGAUGUCUGCAUGACUCUUGCAGAGGAUGCUCUUGCCUGUCACUGAAAGCGGAGCACUGGGAAUGUUUACCCUUUCGCAGGAUCACAAACAUGUGUUUAUUUCACCAUGCAGGGCUCCAGCUAUGCAAACAUGCAGAUGGCGGGGCUGGGUUUUUGCACCUACAUCAGCUGUUGAAGUAUCACAGCAAACUGAGGGCACACAUGUGCAGGGCGAGAUUUUCCAGAACAGGCACUUGUCCUCAAUAAGGAAUAAUGGUCUGAUUUUCAAAUUGCAGCUGGGGUUGCUCCGAGUUAAAAGCAGCCAGUAAAUAAGGCAUCACAGGGAAGGGAUGGGGGGGAAUUUCCUCUGGUGAGCGCUAGAAACUCAUCAGACAACACCAUGUCUGAAAGGGUCGGACAUGAACGCAGCUUCUCACACGCAAAGGUCCUGGGUCGGUGCCACACAAGCGUUGCAUCUGUGGCCAUUCCCGCAGACAAGUACGGGUAAUUUUGGAGGGAUACACAACCAAGCAGUGGAAGCCAUCAGAACUGCCACUUGUGGGUGCAUGCACUGGUUAAGUGGGAGGCCACAGAGCCGGCGGCCGUGCCCCCUGUUCCCUGGAGGAGAAGGCAGCUACUUGUCUGGGCCCAGGGCUCAGCACCACCAGUGCUCCUGGUGCCAGCCAGGCUCCAUGCCCUCCUGCUGUCAAGCGUGUCUUGCCCUUGACACGUUUCCAUACUGUUUUCUGUCCCUGCUGCCACAUUUAACUGUCUCAGGUGCAGGACAGCUGUCUGAUGGC